AUGUCACAACAAUUAUUACUGCAGCUUGAUGCAGCAGAGUCGUGUGCAUCGCUCGUUUCGGCUUUCGAAGCACUGAAAGUGCUAGCGGAUGAUGCGCCCGAAAGAAUAGCACCGUACUUAGUUCACAUACAGAACGCCUUUGUGGAGAAGUCUUCAGAUGUGCGUAGACUCGCUUAUCAGUGUGCCAUAAAAUAUGCGUGUGCUCAUCCAUCCGCGUCAGGUUAUUUCACAACGGCGUACAUAACUGCUUUGUUGCAUGAACAACAACAGAUCGUUGCUGAUGCGUUAUCGUAUUUACCUCAAUUCAUCGCACAUUCACGAUCACAUUCCGAAAUACUAUUGAAAGCCGCCGCAGACGCUACUUCAUGUUGGUCCACUCCGGAGAUGCAGUCUGAUUUGUCAUUUGCUGCGAGUGCAGCUCCGCUUGAUGUGAAUAAUAAUGGCGAUAUAAUACAAAGACAAUUAUGA